UGGGGACGUGGCGGCGCCGCCGGCUCGGGCCCUCCUUCCGGCUGGGAUGCAGGCGGUGGGGAGAAUCUCUGCACCAAAUGGAGCGGUGCGGACUGUGCCGGCGGGCCGCUUGAUCCCGCUGCAGACUUAGGAGAUGCCGGGGACAAGGAGGCCACCUUCUCAGGGCAAAGGGAAAAGGAGGUGACAGGCAUUGAGACGGCUGAAGGGACCCAUGGCUAGGAUCAGUUUUUCCUUCCUCUGCCCAGCCUCCUGGUACUUCACUGUGCCCACGGUGAGCCCCUUUCUCCGUCAGCGGGUAGCGCUGCUGGGGCUCUUCUGCAUAUCCUGUCUCCUCCUACUUAUGUUCAUCAUGGACUUUCGACACUGGGGUGCUUCAUUACCACGGGACAGGCAAUAUGAGAGGUAUUUGGCCCGAGUCGGGGAGCUUGAAGCUACUGACACCGAAGACCCAAAUCUGAGCUAUGGACUUGUUGUGGACUGUGGCAGCAGUGGCUCCCGCAUUUUUGUUUAUUUCUGGCCAAGACAUAACGGGAACCCUCAUGACUUGCUGGACAUCAAACAGAUGAGAGACCGCAACAGCCAACCAGUGGUUAAAAAAAUCAAGCCAGGAAUCUCUGCCAUGGCAGACACUCCAGAGCAUGCCAGCGAUUACCUGCGGCCUCUGCUGAGCUUUGCGGCUGCUCAUGUGCCUGUGAAGAAGCACAAGGAGACCCCGCUGUACAUCCUCUGCACCGCGGGCAUGAGGCUGCUCCCGGAGAGGAAGCAGUUGGCUAUCUUGGGUGACCUAGUGAAAGAUUUACCACUGGAGUUUGACUUCCUCUUUUCUCAGUCUCAGGCAGAAGUGAUCUCUGGGAAGCAGGAAGGGGUUUAUGCGUGGAUUGGAAUCAAUUUUGUUUUGGGAAGAUUUGACCAUGAGGAUGAAUCAGAGGCUGAGACUUCCCAGGAGUUGGCAGCAGGGCGCAGAAGGACAGUAGGGAUACUGGAUAUGGGAGGGGCCUCUCUCCAGAUUGCUUACGAAGUUCCUACCUCAACCUCUGUCCUUCCUCCAAAACAGGAAGAAGCUGCCAAGAUCCUGCUGGCUGAGUUCAACCUUGGCUGUGAUGUGCAACACACCGAACAUGUGUACAGGGUUUAUGUCACCACCUUUCUGGGUUUUGGAGGCAACUUUGCCCGGCAGCGCUAUGAAGAGCUUGUGCUGAAUGAAACUCUUAACAAAAACAGAUUACUGGGCCAGAAGACAGGUCUGAGCCCUGACAAUCCAUUCCUGGACCCCUGCCUGCCCGUGGGACUCACAGACGUGCUGGAGAGGAAUGGCCACAUCCUGCAUAUUCGAGGAAAAGGGGACUGGGCGACUUGUGGGGCACUGCUGCGGCCCCUGCUGGCUCGCUCCAACACCAGCCAUGCCUCCCUGAAUGGCAUCUACCAGUCGCCAAUCGACUUCAACAACAGCGAGUUCUAUGGCUUCUCGGAGUUCUUCUACUGUACAGAGGAUGUGUUGCGCAUCGGUGGCCACUACCACGGGCCAACAUUUGCCAAGGCUGCUCAGGAUUACUGUGGCAUGGCAUGGUCAGUUCUAACUCAGAGAUUCAAGGAUGGCCUCUUUUCAUCCCAUGCAGACGAGCAUCGACUCAAAUAUCAGUGUUUUAAGUCAGCUUGGAUGUACCAAGUCCUACAUGAAGGAUUCCACUUUCCUUAUGACUACUCAAACCUGCGGACAGCUCAGCUGGUAUAUGACCGAGAGGUUCAGUGGACGCUGGGAGCCAUUCUGUAUAAAACCCGGUUCUUACCACUCAGGGAUCUUCGGCAGGAAGGUGUCCGACAAGCCCAUGGUAGCUGGUUCCGUCUUUCCUUUGUCUACAACCACUAUCUCUUCUUUGCCUGUAUCCUGGUGGUGCUACUGGCCAUCAUCCUGUACCUUCUGCGGCUACGCCGAAUUCACCACCGGCAAACCCGAGCCUCAGCUCCACUGGACUUACUGUGGAUCGAAGAGGUGGUGCCCAUGAUUGGGGGACAGGUGGGGCCGUGAGGCUGGAGCAGACCCAGAGAAACUCGAGUCCCCCGGACUUGCUGCUCAUUGACUUCCUCCACUUCCUUGUGUUGGCCUCGGAUGCUGCUUUGCUUGACCUUGAGGACGUUUUUCCUUGGAAUUUCUACCUUAAUUCCUUCUCAGUACCCAAGUCCUCUUCUCUGAGAGAAGCUGUAAUUUAGUCUGUGAGGAACUAAAUGAUGAAAGAUUGGUGCUAACAAAGGGGACCACAUGUGGUCCACUGGAAGCAAGCAUCUACCCCUCUACCUGAGAGGGCUGGGUUUCCCGGGGUUCUAGCCUUCCUUCCCCUUGCUGAAGCAUGGAGUUUGGCAUUGGGAGCCUGGGAGCUUCCAAGGGAGCUGGGAGCCUGGCUGAAACCAAACUUGGAGCAUCUGACACAAAGCUGUGGAGCAAGUAUAGUGGCUCCUUCUUUCUCUGUAACAGAGAUAUCAAUUAUGUGGAGAUCCACAGUCUUUAAUAGGGAUCCAAGAUCUUAGCAGUUCAGUGGACCAGAUAGGAAUUUCCAGGCAACCAGAAUGACACGGCUUCCUUGCUCAUUAGACAAAGAAGCCAUGGUAGGUGUGAUCUGAGAUCCCUGAUCAAGUGUUGCUAAUGUUAGUAGAUGACUUUAAAAGGUUAGAGCCCUUUCUAAAUGAAUGGCCCAUUAAAGAUUUUAAAAUAUUUUAUCUGAUGCCUGGUAUGACCAGGAUAGAACAUUUCCAUGUCUAUGUGCCUCACAGGCUGUUUGAGCAUUAACUUUGUUUUUUGGGCCUUAAGUGUGCUUUUAGGAUGGAGAAACUGUGAUGGCGACUGGGGAUCUGGACUGGUCUGGUUUCAGGUCACUUCCCUAGGGCAUUUUUUUUUUUUUUUUUUUGAGGCCCUGUACAGGAAGACAAAGAAAAUUCAGUGCUAAGACCAAUAUGUAGCUUGAGAAGGGAUGUAUUUGGGUUUUGAAAGAAAGAAAGGAUAGUUAUCCGGAGAGUGAGAAAAGGCAAUAAAAUUAAAGUUCUCAUUAAUUUUUAUUUUUGUGAAAGAGACAUUUCUCAGUUUUGGGAUGUCAGAAAGGGAGCAGAUUCUAAACUUUGAAAUAAAUAGAUGGAUCUGUUAAUAAGCCACCUGGAAACCUUCAGGACUUCUGUUAAAAGACUGCUCAGUCACAGGCAGCACUUGCAUUGCUGAGGACAGAGGAAAAGCCAUAGCAACCCCAUUUUUAUCCACUACCUUCAGGAGCUUUGCUUCUCCUCGACAGUUAGCCUUUAAACUGCACAGAGAUUUCUUUGCAUCAACGUCUGCCUUCCCUCAUGGACCCUUCUUCAUUGUUUACCCUUUUGUGAAAACAGUUUUGAAUGCCCUGUCUACAAGUAAGCCUCCAGGGUUGAAGUGGCUUUCCUUUCUUUUUGUCACCUUUGCUUUCUAGGAUGAAGUGAGUAGGGAAAAGGAUCACUGAUUUUAAAGAAAAGAAAGCAGAUUCUUCAAAAAUAAAUUUCACACUUGGAGCAGAAAGGAAUUAGAUAUAAAAAAGAAAAAUUAAGAUCCUCCUAGAAAUAAACUAUGAUGAAAAUGUACUGACCCUUGGUUGGUAGGUAAAAAGGUGACAGGUCUUAAAUUGUUUUCAAAUUGUAUAAACAUGGAUUUAGCAAAUGUUCUUACAGGUUCCUCUGGAAAUAACUCUUACCUUUCACCAGGUCUUACAUCACAGCAAUUUCCUUUAAUUUUUAAGACUCUGAAAUUGCCUUGAUUUCCUUUUAUUCUUCUUGUCUUUGUGUCCUGUGAAUGAGCCCUCGUCUGUGAAUGCUGCUCAGAAAUGAUGUCACAUGUUUUUGCCAGCCAGUGCCUACUCAGGUAAUUUUUCCUUUUCCCCUUGCCUCGGUUUCCAAUUGCUAUUCCGAGUUUUCUUAUGAUGUCUAGUUGAUGAUCUAGUCAAGAGCUGCCUGGGCAGGCAACAGUGAUCAUAUUUAUGUGCUCAAAAUGAUAUUGUAGCAGAGAUGUAAUGAUUAGUCCAAUUUGAAAGUUCUUAUUAGUAAAAUUAUUCUUUGUCCUGGUUGUAAUAAUAAUAGUGACUGUUUGUUAA